AUUUUACCAGAAUAAUUAGGUACUAUUUGCGACGUGAGAAAUUGUUCCAUGGUAUUCGCCGAUUCGAUUGAAUUAUUUAAUUCCCAUAUUCUCGUUAAUCUUCAUGAUUUUUAAGGCCAGCAUUGCCAUCGGGUUAGGGAUUGUCAUAACGACAAUUCCUUUGGUGUUUUCCUCAGAUUCAAUAGUAAAAUUUACCAACGAAACCAAGUAUUGCGGAGAUGAGGUGUUAUUAUCAUGUGAAGUCAUAAACACAGAAAAUCAACAUCAGUGGUAUCGCUUAUCAUCCGAAAAAAUUCAGAAAAUAUUAAACGAAUCAUCAAUACUAUCAGUAGAUCAAUUAUCUCCGUACAAAGUAGAAAGCACUUAUAGACUCGAAAAUUACAAGACUGGCGAUGUUACAUUGUAUUUCCUAACUCGGUUUGAUACCGGAUGGUAUACGUGCUUAAAUCUGUCGACACAGGGAUACCCAAAGGUCAUUCGCAGUAUUUGGUUGGAAGUCAGAUGUGAAGGUAAUGAAAAAAAAUAUCACACGGAACAACAGAUGGAAAAAAUUCAGAAUGGUAUAGGACCACCUUACCUUAUUAUGAAGAGGAUUUUCUGUGUACAAAAAGGAACUAAUACUGUAUACUUGGAAAUUUGUGCAAGAGGAUAUCCGAAGCCAAAAUAUAAUAUAACAUACGUAAAGAAUCACCAGGAAACCUCUGUAAAAGAGUCGAAUGAUUUGGAUGCAACAAUCGGCUUGAGAAUUCCAAUAACUGAGUUAAAAGUGCCAACAACUCUUUCCUUUUUUGUGUGCAAUGCAAAUGGAUGCAUUAAUGAUACCAUUCACUCUAUUCAUGUAACUGGAAACCGUAUUGUACUAGAAGAAACUCCGAAUCAAGCUAUAUACCUAUGCUGUGAACAUGAACUCAUCAACUCGAUCUGGAAGUCAAAAUGGUUCGUUAAUAACAGAAGAAAAACGACAAUUACAGAAACACAAAUUCGAUCGGGAUUUGCUGCUGCCCAUAAAAUACCUGAAACCACCUAUCUAGAUGAAGGUUUUUAUGAAUGCCAAAGCAUGAAUUAUUCAAACUGGAUCACUAUCGGCGUUUUUCACUUGAAAAUAUGGAAUGACUCUACACAUACACCGGGCACACUCUCCGCUGAACAUGGCUCAAGUUUUACCAACCAGACUACCACCAAUGAGUAUUUUCGAGUUUAUAUCAAGCUUAUGGAGGCUUACACUUAUGAUUUCGAUUACCAUUCCAGCUCUAUAUUUGAAGAAUACGAACGUAAAAUUACUACCGGUUUUAAAGAAAUAUUCUCUACGCCAGAUUUUGCCCGAGCGCGCUUAGUGGCUAUUUUAAGUACAUUUGACAUAUCUCAGUCGAGGGCUGUAGUAGAUCUCGAGUUCUCUGAUCUUGUUAGCGAGGCACAUGUCAGAGAUACAUUAUCUAAUCAGCUAGCCUCUUAUAAAAAAAUUGGCUCGUUGGCUGCAUCGCCGGAAAAACCGUAUGUUCUCAAUUUCAGACGAAUACUUCCUUUCCAGUGUUCUCCUACGGAAAUUCCCUGCAAGUAUUCGUAUAAAGCUAAAUGUAUUCCAUCAUCAGGCAGAUGCGAUAAAAAGGACACAUGUCUCGAUGGAAGCGAUGAAGAAGAGUGCCCGGGCCCAGAUCGAUGUGAAGUGGAUGAUAAAUUUUUUUGCCCCAAUUCUGGUGGAAUAUUGGUUUGUGCCAGUAUUAAAUGCGACGGAAAAAAGGAUUGCCCCGGUGGCGAAGACGAACCUCCAACUUGUGAUAAGAAGACUACAGGCCAUCAAGCGGUAAGCACCACAUUCAUAAGAUAA